GGGGAAGCGCGUUCUUGUGUUCUAUCUGCAGUACAGUGUGGAACGUUGAGACAACGUGGUCUGAGAAUUUGGGUGGUGGUGUGCGCGCCUUUGCAUUUCCAGCAGCGGCCUUGCGGGUCUUUGGGGCUGCAGAUUGGCCUCUUCCCACCGAUAUCGGAGUUCGUGGUGGGCCGCGCGGCUCCUUGAGCAGCCCUCACCAUGUUGGUGCUGUUUGAAACGUCUGUAGGGUACGCCAUCUUUAAGGUUCUAAAUGAGAAGAAACUCCAAGAGGUUGAUAGUUUAUGGAAAGAAUUUGAAACGCCAGAGAAAGCAAAUAAAAUAGUAAAGCUAAAACAUUUUGAAAAAUUUCAGGAUACAGCAGAAGCAUUAGCAGCAUUCACAGCUCUGAUGGAGGGCAAAAUCAAUAAGCAGCUGAAAAAAGUUCUAAAGAAAAUAGUAAAAGAAGCCCAUGAACCCUUGGCUGUAGCUGAUGCUAAACUGGGAGGGGUCAUUAAGGAGAAGCUGAAUCUCAGUUGUAUCCAUAGUCCCGUUGUUAAUGAACUUAUGAGAGGAAUCCGUUCACAGAUGGAUGGAUUAAUCCCUGGGGUAGAGCCCCGUGAAAUGGCAGCUAUGUGUCUUGGACUGGCCCACAGCCUUUCUAGAUAUAGAUUGAAAUUCAGUGCUGAUAAAGUGGAUACAAUGAUUGUUCAGGCAAUUUCCUUGUUAGAUGACUUGGAUAAAGAACUAAACAAUUAUAUUAUGCGGUGUAGAGAAUGGUAUGGCUGGCAUUUCCCUGAAUUAGGAAAAAUUAUUUCAGAUAAUUUGACAUACUGCAAAUGUUUACAGAAAGUUGGUGAUAGGAAGAACUUUGCCUCUGCCACGCUUUCUGAGUUACUGCCAGAAGAAGUUGAAGCAGAAGUGAAAGCAGCUGCAGAGAUCUCCAUGGGAACAGAGGUUUCAGAAGAGGAUAUUUGCAACAUUCUGCAUCUCUGCACUCAGGUGAUCGAAAUCUCAGAAUAUAGAACUCAGCUCUAUGAAUAUCUACAAAAUCGGAUGAUGGCUAUCGCACCCAAUGUUACAGUCAUGGUUGGGGAAUUAGUUGGAGCCCGACUUAUUGCUCAUGCAGGUUCUCUUUUGAAUUUGGCCAAGCAUGCAGCUUCUACAGUUCAGAUUCUUGGAGCAGAAAAAGCACUCUUCAGGGCUCUCAAGUCUAGGCGGGAUACCCCUAAGUAUGGUCUCAUUUAUCAUGCUUCACUUGUAGGCCAGACGAGUCCUAAACACAAAGGGAAGAUUUCUCGAAUGCUGGCAGCCAAAACUGUCUUGGCUAUCCGUUACGAUGCUUUUGGUGAGGAUUCCAGUUCUGCGAUGGGAGUGGAGAACAGAGCCAAAUUAGAGGCCAGGUUGAGGAGCUUGGAAGAUAGAGGGAUAAGAAAAAUAAGUGGAACAGGAAAGGCAUUAGCAAAAGCAGAAAAAUAUGAACAUAAAAGUGAAGUGAAAACGUAUGAUCCUUCUGGUGACUCCACACUGCCAACCUGUUCUAAAAAACGCAAGAUAGAACAGGUAGACAAAGACGAAGAAAUUACAGAAAAGAAAGCUAAAAAAGCCAAGAUUAAAAUCAAAGUUGAAGAAGAGGAAGAAGAAGAAGAAGAAGUACUAGUGGUAGAAGAAGAGGAGAGCUCUGUGAAGAAGAAAAAGAAAAAGGAUAAAAAGAAACGUAUUAAAGAAGAACCAGUUUCUGAGGAAGAACCAUGCACCAGUGUAGCUGUUUCUAGUCCAGAGAAAAAGAAGAAAAAGAAAAAAAAGAGAGAGGAUGAGGACUAAUGUACUCCAAGAAGACAAGCAUGUUCCUUGAUCUGAAGAAUCUUCUGCUCCGAUUAGAACUUCGAGCAUCUGCAUCCAUAAGCAGAGUCCAGUCCAGAGCAAGCCAUCAAGUGGCAGCAAUCCACACCAGCUCACGCUGUCAAAUAUCUUUCUCUUCAUUUGAUCAGCUUCUGGUCAGCUCGUCAUGGGUAUCAGCUAUAGGCUUGGAAGUCCACAUGCCUCCUGGCACUUCGGUAAUUUAUUUUGAAAUAGUUCAGCAAAAACAUGAAUAUAAAUAGAUGAAGCAAAUACGGCAAACUUAGCAAUUAUUGAAAUACAUGGUGGUGGGCAUAUA